AGAAGCCUGUGGAGUACAUGUCAUUCCCUGCAAGGGUCAUUUUAUUUGGGGUGUUUUCGUCUUUAACUAAAACAAGGAUUCGAAAGCUCGUCUUCUUUCCCUCAACCCUAACUCCUCCCCCAAAUCUCUCAAAUCCUCCAUCUUUCUCUCAUUCUUUUCUCUGUUCUACCCUUCCAUCCUGCAGAGGCAUCCAAUGUGAAGAAAAAGACGUGAGGAAUGAAGUAAUCAAGGUGGUGGCAAAUUAGGAAGUGAUCUUUGAAGAAGAAGUGUUUCGAGAGAGAAAGAGAGAGAUUGAGGUGGAGAGGAGAUGCCGGUGGAGGAGGCGCUGCCGGGAUCGUCGAAGAGGCUGCUGAGCUAUAGCCCGUCGCGGAGUCCGGCGAGCACGAGGCUCUUCGGGGUGCCGCCACGGAGGCCUGCGCUGCAGACGUCGGCGGUCAAGAAGCCACCGGAGCCGCUCCGUAGGGCCGUCGCGGACUGCCUCUCGCCCGCCGCCCCCCACCUACAUGGGAACCCCUCGACCCUCGCUUCUGAGGCGGCGAGGAUCCUCCGGGAUUUCAUGGCUAACCCUUCAACCACUGACAUGGCUUAUACCAUGCUUGUAGAACAUGCACUGGCAGAAAGAGAUCGGAGCCCAGCAGUACUUCCAAGAUGUGUGGCAUUCUUGAAGUUCUAUCUUCUUCGAUAUGUGCCAAAGGUUUCAACAUUGCGGCAGAUUGAUCUAUUUUGCAUGAAUGCAAUUGCUGAGUGCGAAUCUGUAAAUAGUCGAAGAGUGCCAAUGUUGACCAAGUCAUCAACUCAACGAUCUAAAUCAUCAUCGACGGUGUCAAAUGCUUGUGUUCCUUCCUUACCACGCCCCAAUUUUGCGUCUGCUUCACUUAUGAAAUCCUUAAAUUAUGUGCGGUCUCUUGUGGCACGGCAUACACCAAAAUUGUCUUUCCAACCUGUCAUGCAGACUACAGCAUCAACUUCUGCAAAACAAUUACUUCCGACUCUAUCUUCUUUGUUGACUAGAUCAUUUACUUCUCAAUUAAGUCCGGAAGUUGUUAGUAGCAAAGAUGCCCUUGAGAUUAAAGAACCUUCUGGUCCAUCUGCUUCCGCAUUAUCAAAUAUUGAAGAAGUUGAUGGAGAAGGAAAUAAGUAUAUAUUUUCCGAUAUACUUAAAUGGCGAUGGCCUGGGGAGGGAGAAUACAGAAUGUCUUGUUUAACAAAGGAAAGUUGUGGUGUUAUGCGGUCUCAAGACAUUCAUACACAUAGUUUUUUAGAAGUUGGUGCUGCAGGUCUUUUAGUGGGGGACAUAGAGACCAAAAUCAAGGACCAUUCCUGGAUGUAUUCUGUAACUCACAACUUACGGGAUACUGACCUGUUGUGGCCUUCAACAACUACAAUGGCUACCAAUUUUUCAUCGUCUAAUAGCCACUUGAAAGCGAUAACAGCAUUUAAGCGCAUGAAACCAGGCCCUCAUCAAGUUUGGGCCAAUAUACCAGUGAGCACAUUUCAUCCACGAGUUCGGCCCCUAUUUCAAUAUAGACAUUACAGUGAGCAGCAACCUUUAAAGUUAAGUCUUGCUGAAAUUCAUGAAGUCAUAGCUGAAGUUUGCUCAGAAUCCACUACAUCAAAUGCUAAUACAUUAAUUGCAACGUCACAAUCGAACCACAUCAGUCAACCUGCUACAGAUGUUGCUAUUAGUGUUCUCAUCAAGCUGGUUAUAGACAUGUAUAUGUUGGAUCCUGGGACUGCUACUCCUCUCGCUCUUUAUAUGCUGGAGGGUAUGCUUGGCUCUCAAAGAGUGGCUUCUAGAGCUCGGGCUUUUGAUUUUAUUUUAAACCUUGGUGUCCACGCACAACUGUUGGAGCCUAUGUUACUUGAAGACCCUCAAUCAUCUGACGUGGUUAAACCUUUGCAAGAACCAUAUAUAAACAAUGAAGAACAGCCUGGAACACCAGGAAAGAUGAAUAAUGAGUCUAGCAUGCAGCAAAGGAUUUUUUCAGCUGUUGAUAAUUUUGAGUCUUGGCUUUUGGUCAUCCUAUUUGAGAUUCUUCGUCUUCUUGUUCAGAUUGAUGAAAGGGAAGAAAUUGUAUGGGCAUCUGCUCUGAGUUGUUUAUUUUACUUUGUUUGUGAUAAGGGACACAUUUUAAGGAGGAGACUUGAUGGUCUUGAUAUAAGGGUUAUUAAGACAUUUCUAGAAAUCAGCAGUGAAUAUUCAUGGGCCGAAGUUGUUCAUUGCAAGCUUAUCUGCAUGAUGACUAACAUGUUAUAUCAAACUUCGAAUGAAUCUGCAGAGGAUGUUCCAGAAAUUCCAACAUUCCUGGUUCAACAGGUUGAUCGUCUUGGGGGAAUUGACUUCAUCUGUAUAGAGUAUAUACGGGCAAAUUCCAGGGAAGAAAAGAACAACCUUUUCCUUGUUCUUUUUGAUUAUGUUGUACAUCAGAUAAAUGAAAUUUGCUUGGCUAGUGGAGCUUCUGUAUAUACCCAUGAUGACAUUCAACCUCUUGUGGUCAUGCUUAUGCUUGCUAAUGCACCUGAAGCUUUUUACAUUGCCAUUAAGCAUGGUAUGGAUGGCAUUGGGGAGAUCUUGAAAAGAUCCAUCUCUGUAGCCUUGUUGAGAUCAUCAAAUUAUGAGCGCCAAAAUAUGCUGUUGGACAAAAUUAUGAGAAAACUUGAUGCGACUAUAAGUGUAUUCACUAGGUUGGAUACUGAGUUCACAUAUAUGUUUCGGAUUACAAAAACAUGCAAAUCUUCAAUGAGCAUUAAGGAUGUCCUUGGCGAAUCAGAUAUUGGUGAGAAAGCUAGACUUUCAUGGGUUACAUUGCACUCUCUUCUCCACUCGGAAAGGCUUGCCAACCGUCAUCAUGGGUACAUAUGGCUUGUUGAAUUACUUAUUUUGGAAAUCAGUGAGAGGAAAAAUGAGAGUAUAUGGUCAAAUGUCAAAAACCUUCAGCAGCAAAUUGCUGUCACUGGUAAUCAAGACUCAGCUUUUUCAGAAGUACCACUGUCCAUUUGUAUGUUGUGUGGGCUUUUGAAGUCGAAACACAAUUUUAUUAGAUGGGGUUUCCUUUUUGUUCUGGAGAAACUUCUUACACGGUGCAAAUUAUUGCUUGAUGAAACUGAGCUGCAAGAUAUGAACAAUGAUAAUGUUAUCAGUAACAAUACUGAAAAUCGUCUGGACAAAGCGAAUGCAGUGAUAGACAUAAUGAGUGGUGCUUUAUCGUUGGUGGUUCAGAUAAAUGAGACUGAUCACAUCAACAUUUUAAAGAUGUGCGAUAUGUUAUUUGCUCAAAUAUGUUUGAGGCUUCAGUCUGCCAUUCAAGUACCUCUUGGUGAUAUCAAUGACCUCAGUCAUCUCUCUUGUCGCACAACUAAAAGUCGUGAAGGCAACUUAGUAACUCAUAUUUCAUUAGAAGGAUCUAAUUCUGAUCAGCGGCGAGAUGAGUUGUCAGUCGAUAAUCUCUCUGGUGCUGAUCAAGCCAGCACAGUAUGCGAAACAGCAUCAAUGGCAGCAAUGCUUCUUCGAGGACAUGCGAUUGCUCCGAUGCAGCUAGUAGCUCGUGUUCCAGCAUCCCUGUUCUAUUGGCCAUUAAUACAACUUGCUGGUGCUGCAACGGAUGAUAUUGCAUUAGGUGUUGCUGUUGGCAGUAAAGGAAGAGGGAAUAUACCAGGUGCUACGUCAGAUAUAAGAGCUGCCCUUCUCCUCCUUUUAAUUGGGAAAUGUACUGCUGAUCCAGAUGCACUUUUGGAGAUUGAAGGAAAAGAGUUUUUUAGGGGACUCUUAGAUGACAUGGACUCAAGAGUAGCAUAUUAUUCUGCUUCCUUUCUCUUAAAGAGAAUGAUGACAGAAGAACCUGAAACUUAUCAGCGCAUGCUUCAGAGUCUUAUUUUUAAGGCACAACAGAGCAACAAUGAAAAGCUUCUGGAGAACCCUUACCUUCAAAUGCGUGGGAUACUGCAACUAUCAAAUGAUCUUGGAUCCCUGUUAUAAGAUCAUGAAGUUCGAUUUUUUGGUUUCAGAAUGAAGGUCGAACCGGACUUCGUACCCAAUAUUCUUGCAGUGUUGCUAGAAAAUGCAACAGGCAGAACAUCCAGAGCAAAUUUUCCGCUACUUGAGUAAGAGGUUUUGGAUCAGAAGUUGUAAAUUAGCAUUUUGUAAGAGAAAAUUAGAAGCAUGUGAUGUACAGAACCUGAGUCCGCUUUAUUUAUUGAUUGAUUUUAUUUAUUUUCCUUUGCUGAGUCGCAUAAGAAAUGGCAAGUCUUCUUCAAUGUUCGGGGUAUCUACUUGUUCAGAUCGGGCAGUUCGUUUUUGCAGAAACUGGAUGUACUACAUUAUAACCGGUGCAGCUUGCAAUUUGUAUAGUUGCAGACCAUGUGUCACCGGCAUUUGGAGAUGAGUUUGCCCCAUGAGAGUCAAAUUUCUUGUGUCAUCAAAUUUUGGCGACUAUGUUGUACCGGGGUUUAUGCAGUUUUUUUUUAAUCUGGGCAUCCUCGGCAAGAAACGAAUUUUCUUUGAUCUCCUCGCAUGCAGUUGUUUAAUAACUAGGUUGUUUUCUUGUAUAAUAUCAAACUUAAAAGCAAGGAUGGAUACUUCUCCAAACUGCAUUAACUUCAUCAGACUUGUCUUUUUCCUUUUCUUAUUUACAUUUUCUGAACCUAAUUUGUAAAUGUGUUCUCUCUGUAUUCCAAUUUUGUUAAAAA